UGGUGCUAAGUCAUCACUAAUGCCUGAUCCGAGCUAAAUGGACCUAGUUAAGGCUCUUCCUCCAUCCUGUCCCCUGUUCCCCGUUGUACAGUAGCAUCUUUCAUCAGCUCUCCUGAGACGUCCUGCCAGUGACCACGAGGUGUAUAUAAGACCCGCUGAGGAUGUGACCAGCACUGAAGUUCGUUCUUAGCAAGUCUGCUUAGACAGCCAUCUUCUUCUCUUUCCUCUUCUAUAUUUGUCAUCAGUGUUUGUCUGACCUCCUCUCGAGUCUGAGAACAUGGACACAGCUGCAGCAGUGACUCUUCUGGCACUGAUUAUGGCGAUGGCUGGCGUCAGUCACGCUCUUCAUAUCCAAGCCGGCCUGGACAAAAAUGACAUCUUGCCUGGCAGCUCAGAGGAGAACAUGCCUGACCGCCUGUUGGGGCUGGAGAGUGAAAACAGAGAUAGCGACACUGAUGAUCGCUUGCUGACUUCAUUGCUGAGAGCCCUGCUGCACGGAGCCCAGAGAGAAGCCAGGGAGUCUGUCCUCCAUCAGCCACAGAGAUUUGGCCGCAGUUCCAGAGGGCAGGUUGUGCUGGAGGAUCAGAUGCAUUCCCGUGACUGGGAGGCUGCCCCCGGUCAGAUCUGGAGUAUGGCCGUGCCCCAGAGAUUUGGCAAGAAGUAAUGUUGCAGUCAUGCGGUGUUGCCCUGGUGGAAGGUCAAGCAGCCGAGAGUUAUAAAGAUACUAGAUUUGUUCCACUCUAAGCUCCAGCCCACUAGGCUUGACUUUACACCUGGUGUCCAGUGAAAGAUGACACUAGCUUAAUCUUUCAUGAUUAUGAUUGUUGUUAUUUUCUUUAAAUUUCCAACACUGGGAAGCACGGUGACUGGUGAUUGUUUGGAUCGGCAUGUUAAGGACUGAAAAUGUUUGCUGUAAAUUGUUAGUUGCUAUGUUUUUGUUGUUCUUCCGUUCAAAUAAAAGAACUUUAAUCUUGUAAUGCUAAUUUCAUCUGUAUUUGUGUUCAGUGUCAUCAGUGUUCAAAUAUCACAGUAAUCCGUUAAAGAAAGGUGGGAACAAACAGAUGUUGAAAUUUUAUAAAUCCAGCUGUUGAGUUCAUUUAAAUAUGGCCACUUAAUCUGUUGCUAAUCAUGUUUUAGUUUGUGAAAUGUGUGUAAAAAUGGCAAAUCCAAGUUUUCUCAAACCAAGGUGAGAUCUUAAAGUGUCCUGUUUGUCCAAAUAAACUCUCAAAUCCCCCAAAAUCUUCCACUUAAAUAUAUAAUAUGAUAAAUACAAUAAAAGGUAUUUAUAAAUAGAUAACGGUGAAUUCUGCAUUUUGGAAGCUAU